AUGAAUCUCUCAAAAGAACAAUUUGAGAAAUUAAAGUUUGAUAUUCAAUCUGAUAAAGGUGUAGAAGUCAAAGAUCGAAGAUAUAUGCUUAGAACUUAUAAGAGUUGUUUUGUAGGCUAUGAAGCUGUCGAUUGGAUAUUCUCAUACGUCUCUGGAAUGAAGACACGUGACGACGCUAUAAAUAUAUGUCAGAAACUUUUAGAAACUGGUUUAAUAGAAGAUGUUUAUCUACUGGAAAGUAAUGGUAAUUCAAGUGAGAAUUUACAAAAACAACAACAGUUACAGCAGCAGCUACAACAACAAAGACAGCAACAACCAUUAGUUUUUAAAGAUGAUUAUUUAUUUUAUAGUUUUGUAAAUAAAUCACAGUUAUCACCGAGAUUGGUGGUGUUGGACUCUGAGAGUAUUGCGGCGGCAACGGCAGCAUUGGCCAAUCAGUCACUGCCGCCACUCUCUUCAGAGACGACCACUCCCAACACACCGAAUUCGCCAUUGGCAAUGGCAUCGUUUAUACCUCCACCACCAGCAGAACUUGUAAGUGCUGUUGCCUCGUCAACCACUGCUGCAGCGGCACCAUCAUCAUUAUCAUCAACAACAGCUACAACCAACAUCGGUUCAAACAACGCCAACACUAACAAUAGCAUUAACAACAACACCAACAACAACAGUAGUAAUAUUAGUAUUGAUUUGCCACCAACAUCUACCAGAGCACGCUCACGUACCGCACAUAAUAUUGCUGACUCAAAUUCACAUACACCACUUAUCUAUGUGAAUAAUACAAACGAUAAAAGUUCUAAACGUGAUUUCUCACUAUUAAAAGAUGAGGUAAACGAAAAAGGUAUAAAAUUACAAAAGAAGAAAAAGAAUUUUCUGGGAUCGCCUAUCAAUUGUUUUUCUGGUUCACAAUUGAUCGAUUGGUUAAUGACAAGGCUUGACAUUGGCAGAAGAGAAGCUACCAAAGUCGGACAGAGACUCUUGAAUUUAAAUAUAUUCUUUGAGAUUGGAUUGAAUCCAGUACAUCAAGUAACAUCAAUAUCAACGACAUCACUACCUGUUAAUCAACAAUCCUCUUUAUUAUCAACAUCAACAUCAUCAUCAUCAUCAACAACACAAGCAUCAUCUUCACCAUCACAACAAGCAACAACAACAACAACAGCAAUUCAAGUAAAUCUAAGUUCAUCUUUACCAAUUGAAAAAUCAAAUUUAUCAAAUUCAGCUUCAAGUGAUACAAUUUGUACAAAUACCAAUAAUAAUAAUAGUAAUAGUAAUAGUAAUAAUAAUAAUAAUAAUUAUAGAGUUUUUUAUGAAUUCUUGACAAAACCAGAAGCAAUCAUUUCACAUGUGGCAAUGAAGAAGCAAAAUGAAUUACAUUUGGCACAUAAAUCAAUGACUUCCAUUCCACUUACAAUUAUAAAUACAUUAAAUUAUUUAAAGAUUCUGGAUUUAUCAUACAAUUCAAUGGUUGAACAUAUAAGUUUGGAAUCAGUUGCAACUUUGUAUAAUUUGGAAUCACUCAAUCUCUCACACAAUUCACUAUCGAAUCUACCGAGUAGUUUCAACAAGUUGGAGCGUUUGACGCUGCAGUCACUGUCGUUCCCCGACACCGUUAAGGUACCACCAAAGUCAGUGACAUCCAAAGGAUUCUCAUCGAUAAUGGGAUAUCUUCGUGAUGUCAUCGACGGUAGUGUUGCGCUUCCACACCUCAAGCUGAUUGUCCUCGGAAACGAGAAGACUGGAAAGACAUCGCUCGUUCGUUCGCUCACGAAAUCACACACCAAAACACUCUCAAAGAACAGCUCAGUAGGCAGCGGUGCAAGUAAUCGUCGUCAGAGUGGAACCAUCUUGCCAGGUGCCACCGACAUUGUCACUCCACAUCAAGAUCCAAUUGAAUAUACCGAGUGGAAACUGGAUCUUCCACACAACUACAAUAUUUCCAAUAACAACAACAAUAACAAUAAUCAACAACAAAACAACAACACUCAUCCAUCUGUACAUAAUACUUCAUUAUCUAGCGACAAUCUAUUAUCAUCACCAAAAUCAUCAAGAAAACUUACACUUUCACUUUCUAGCAGUGGUGGAAGUAGUAACAACAGCAGCAGCGGUAACAGCAACAGCAACAGCAGCAACAAUCAAGACAAAAAGAAAUCAAUUAAAUUGUUGGCUAUGGACUUUAAAUUCAACAGUCCCGAUAUCUACCAUAACACUCACCAGUUCUUCCUUUCGGAGCGUGCAUUCUAUUUGAUAACGUUCGAUAUCAACAAGGAUCCGCUUGCCAGUGGUAUCGACUUUUGGGUGAAUAGCAUCAAGGCGAAAGCACCGACGGCACCCAUCUAUAUUGUAGCGACACACCUCGAUGCAAUUCACCAUUCAUCGGGCGGCGAUGUAAUCAUGAAGGCACUUCACAAUGUCGAGGCAUUCCUGAAUGCCAGAUACCUCGAGGUGACCGGUGUCAUCGGAGUCAGUUGCCACACCCAACGAAAUAUCGAUCUCCUGAAACAGGAAAUCCUGACCACCCUCAUCCAACAACAGACUUGGAUCAACGAGAAGAUUCCUCUGACCUACGCUAGUCUGGAGACAUCGCUGCUCGAAGAGGCAAAGAAGCGAAUGCCACCCAUUGUCUCGUGGAGUGAGUAUUGCAACAUUGCCAAGCUUGUCAACAUCACAUCGCAAGAGAAAUUGGUGCGUGCCACUCAGACACUUCAUCGUUGGGGAUCGAUCAUGUGGUUCGACGAUGAGAAAUCCAGUCUCAAGGACAUUGUUAUCCUCAGUCCUCAGUGGCUAAGCGAUUGUUUCGCGGCACUGGUACUUGCCAAGCAUUCGUACAUCUCCUCGGAUUCCAUAUUGAAUCUGAAGAAACUACGUUUGAUUUGGAAGGCACCGAUCGUUCCUGAGGAGAUACACAUCACCUUGAUUAAGAUCCUCGAGCGACUUCAGGUUCUCUACUCACUGAAAGACCAGAAUCAAGCGGAAUCAUCGUCACCACCUUCAUCGUUGACCAGCGAGACCAGAACUGUUUCCGCACCGAUCGUGUCUGUUACCAAUCCAAUUGAAUCGGCAUCGCCAUCCAUCAUCUCUUCAUCUGCCACCUCGUCAUUCUUACUCUCAACCAUUCCAGAAAACAACAACAGCAACAACAAUAACAGCAACACUGGAAUUGGACAUGCAUCACCGACACAACUAAGAAAUUCAUUGAAAUUACUAAAACCUACUCUCACCCCGUUCAAGAAUUCAACCAAAGAAAAAGAGAAUCUGAAUAACUUUAUUCGUGUAACAAAGAUUAUCUUGCCUUGUCUGCUACCCUAUCAGAAACCAUCGCAUCUGGCCAGUCUAUUUGAUACAUGGUCCGGUGUAGAUGAGCUACAAAUAGGAAGAUACUACCAAUUUACCAAUGCACCAAAGAGUUGUUUCGAACGUUUGAUGGUUCGAUUCCUCUACUUGAUGGAGCCGAUCGUCUACUGGCGAACCGGUAUUCUCUUUAGAAAACCACAUAAUCUCAAGGAUUCCGUCAAGACCAACAUGUCAUCGUGUGGAACACUGGUGGAGUUUGACACUAGAAGUCAGCAGCUACAACUCAGAGUGAGAGGACACGACUUUGAUUCCGUUGCCAAGCUGUUCCAAAUCGUUCUGGAGAACAUCGAUACUCUCAUCAAAGACCAAGGAUUCAGUUCGAGCCAAGUGUUUAUUCCUUGUGCCUGUACUGUCACUUGCCGUGACAAUCCACAUUUGUAUCCAAUUGAAUCGGUUGAGUCGUCGUUUGACAAGGGUGAAGCGUACAUCCAUUGUCCGGCAACUAACAAGUUGAUGUGCAUCGAAAAGAUUGCACCGGACAUCACACUCUCAUCGGUUCCAUCGUCGACAAAGAUCUCGUUCGAGGAGAUAACCUCGAUGGAGCAAAUAGGUGUUGGUGCAUCUGCCAAAGUAUUCAAGGGAUACUACCACGAUCAAUUGGUUGCAGUGAAACAGUUGAAUUUGGAGCGUUUGGACCUCGGAAGUGAACUGCCAGCUAUGAUCAGCUGUAGCAGCAGUGGUAGUAAUAUUUCAUCGGGAUCAUCUACUCCUCAGAACUAUAACAGCAGCAACAGUAACAACAACAACAACAAUAACAGUGCAUUCCAGCGACAGUUAUCGAGUAGUUCACUCUCCUCGACUUCCUCCUCUGAGGAAUCGUCGUUGUAUAUUCAACCAUCAAAGCUGUCGGCCAUCAAUGAAUUUAGAAGAGAGGUUUGGUUGAUGAGUGACCUUUCACAUCCCAACAUUGUUGUGAUGAAAGGAUUCUGUUUCGAUCCAUACUCGAUCGUAAUGGAAUACAUGGAUCUUGGAAGUCUGUCACAUCAUCUCAGAAAGAAGAAGGAAUGCAACGAAACAUUGCCAUGGGACAUCAUCUUGAAGAUUGCAAAGGAUGUCGCUUCAGGAAUGUCGUUUUUACACAACAUUUCACCUCCACUUGUACAUAGAGAUUUGAAAUCACCAAAUAUUCUAUUGUCAACUCAAAUGGAAUCACCAUAUAUUGUAGCAAAAGUAUCUGAUUUUGGAUUGUCGAGAGCGGUCGUACAGGGAUUCGUGUCAAAGGUAGUGGAUAAUCCUACAUGGUUGGCACCAGAGGUUCUAAAGGGAUUCGAAUACAAUGAGAAGGGUGAUAUCUAUAGUUUCGGAAUGAUAUUGUGGGAGUUGUAUCAUUUGGAGUUGCCAUUCGAGGAGUACAACAUUAAGUUUAUGAGUACUCUUGAGGACAAUAUUCUCAAUGGAUUACGUCCAACCAUCAAUCCACUGUGUAACAAGAUGUAUGCAUCACUUAUUACUAAAUGCUGGAAUUCAGAUCCACAAUAUAGACCAUCCUUCCAAACUAUUGUUAAAACAUUGGAUGAUAUUAUAUCAUCUUUAUAA